UGCAGGUGAAACCCUAAGAUGAAAAAAACUGAUCUCUGUUUGAGCUCUGAAGGGGCUGAAGUGAUUUUAGCCACAUCAAGUGAUGAGAAACACCCAGCUGAAAAUAUUAUUGAUGGGAAUGCAGACACGUUUUGGACCACCACAGGAAUGUUUCCCCAGGAGUUCAUUAUUUGUUUUCACAAACACGUAAAAAUCGAAAAGCUUAUAAUCCAGAGUUACUUAGUGCGGUCCUUGAGGGUUGAAAAGAGUGCAGCUCAGGAGCCGGUUGGGUUUGAGCAGUGGAUUGAAAAAGAUUUAGUGCACACAGUGGGACAGCUUCAAAAUGAGGAAAUUACGGUAUUUGAGAUUACUAGAAGGCACCACUAUGUCCAGCUCAUCUUUGGAGAAAUCUUUAAUACGGGAUUGUGGUAGAGACAAGUAAAGCAGUAGUGGGAUUAUAGCUCAGCAGUACCAGUGUCUACCUGGUGAGUGCAGGUCCUCAGUUCGAUUCCCAUUACCCAAAAAAAAAAAAAAAAAAAAAAGUAGAACUAUAAGAAAAUCUUAGCCUUUGUUUAGUUGAUUAAUGCCUAAUCUAGAGCAAAUUAUCUCCUUUGAAAAUUUAAAAGGAAAAAAUUAUUUUUUUCACAUAUUUAUUUGCUGUUUAUAUAUCUUCUGAGAAGUGUAUAUUCAUCUCAAACACUCAUUUUUGGAUUGGGUCUUUAAAUCUGGGAGGACUAAUUUUUUUGCGUUCUUUAUAUGUUCUUGAUAGUAAUCCUUUGAGGAACAGGUGGCAAACAUUUUCCACAUUUUGGGUUAUCACUUCUGUUGGUUGUUUCUCUUGCUGUGCAAAAAGCUUUUCAGUGAAAUGAGAUUCCAGUUGAUUUUUUGUGAUAUUUCCUGUAUAAUCAGGGUUUUGUUCAUAAAUUUUUUGCCUGUGCUAAUGUUUUCAAGAGUUUUACCUGCUCUAUUUUCUAACACAUUUAAUGUUUUUGUUGUAGUAUUUAGAUCUUUAAUCCAUUCCAAAUUUAGUUUAGUGCAUUGUGAAUGAUAUGGGUCCUGUUUUAAUCUUCAGCAUGUAUAGAGCCAAUUUUUCUAGCACCAUUUAUUAAAGAGGCUAUUUUUCUUCCAGUAAAUGUAUUUGGCACCUUUGUCAAAGAUAAGGUGACUUAGUAUGUCAGAAGUUGUUUCUGUAUCUUCUAAUCUAUUCUGUUGAUCUUUGGGUCAGUGGGGUAUUUUUUGUUUUUUGUUUUUUUUGUUUUUUGGGGGGGUUUUUUGCCAGUAUUGUUUUUAUCACAGUAGCUAGCUUUUAUAGUAUAAUUUGAAGUUGGGGAUUGUGUGAUGCCCUGUCUUGCUUUUCUUGGCCAGGAUUAUCUUUAUUAUUGGUUCCAGAUGAAUUUUAGGAUUGUUUUCUCUAAUUCUUGAGAUAUGCUAUUGAAAUUUUGAUUUGGAUUGUGUUAAAUUUGUAUAACAGUUUUGGAAGUAUGGCCAUUUUCACUAUAUUGGUUCUUCCUACCCAGGAGCACAGGAUAUCUCUUCUUUUUUUCUUUUUUUUUUUUUUUUUUGGUAUUGAGGAUCAAACUUGUGACUUUGAGACUUUGGGCUUGCCAGGCAGGUGCUUUUGCCACUGAGCUAAAUCUCUAGCCCUUUCUAAUAUCCUCUUCAGUCUCCUUUCUCAGGGUACUGUAGUUUCAAUGCAGAGGUCUUUUACAUCCUUGUUUGAUUGAUUUCUAGGCAUUGCAUUUUUUUGGAUGCUAUUGUAAAAGGUGUUGUUUCCCUGAUUUCUCUCUCAGUGAGUUUGUAUACAGGAAGGCUGUUGAUUUUUGAGUAUUGAUUUUGUAUCCAGCUAUGCUACUGAAUCGGCUUAUUAAAUCUAGUUUUUUAGUGGAGUUUUGGGAUCUUCUAUAUAGAGUAUCAUGUCAUCUGUAAAUAACGAUAGUAACUUCUAAAAGGAAAGAAGUAGCUAUCUGUUAUCUAUAAACAAUUAUUAAAUAAUAGUAGUAGAUUGGAGAGAGUUAUUUGCAGGGGAAAUCCUACUGAUUAAUGUGUGUUUUGUUUCUUGUCUUUUUGAGACAGAGUCUCAUUAUGCGGUUUGGGCUGGCCUUGAGCUCACUUUGUAGCUAAGGCUGGUCUUAAACUUACAAGGAUCUUCCUGCUCAACCUCCAGAAUGCUGGGAUUGCAGGCAUGUGCCACCAUGCCUGUCUUAAUGUUAAUUUUGAGCCAAGUGUAGUGGCAUAUGCCUAUAAUCCCAGUAUUCAAGAAGCUGAGGCAGGAGGAGCACUGUGAGUUCAAGGUCAGUUUAGGCUGCAUAGUAAGACCCUAUCUCAAAACAAUAACAAAAAUUGGUAUAGGCAACGAUAAUCAAUAGAUGAAACCUUAUCUCCAAGGAUUGGGCUGGAUAUAGUGAUCUAAAAAUAGAUUAAUCUGUGUAUCAGUUGACUUUUUCUAUGUUACAGACCACCCCAAACUCUGGUUUAAAACAACAAUUUCAUCUGUUCUCACAAUUCUAUAGAUCUGCUGGUAGAGUCCUUGGUUUAUUUCUGCUUGCCUGACCUCUCUAGUCAGUUGGCAUUGCAUUCUAUGUAAUGUGGGUUUUGACUGCUCUAGGUGGCCCUAAUUGAAACUACUCAUCUCUGCUAUAAAUCUUUCUUAUCCUCCAGUUGGUUAGGCCAGGCCUUUUUAGUUGGUGUCACAGCAUUUGGAAAAGCAGCACAAAAGGAGGAAGCCCCAAAGGAUACUGUUUGAGUAUCUGCUUGUAUCAGAUUUGCUCUCGUCCUGAUUUCCAGAUCUGGUUGCAUGACUGAACCUAUGUAAGGAUCAGAGAAGUCUACUCAAGGACAUGUAGACAUGGAGGUGUAGAGGAGAGGAGAGCUGUUACUGCUGCAACCUGUUACCAGUGCUGAACAUCUGAUGUGAUGCUAGGUGGAGCAUCCUGACCAACCUGUGACGUAUUUUUUCCAAAAUCAUUGGACUUGUGUUCUAGAGUUAAAUUUCCAUUUUUCAGAGAAUUCAAGAAAUAGUGGAACAAGGAAAAUGACACCACAAGGAAGUAGGUAGGCUAGCAGCCUUCAGUGCAACUCACUGAAAUGUCCAUAUCUGUGCUUCCCCUUCAUGUGGUAAAAUACACUCUUGGCCUUUGUUUGGGUAGAGCCCUGUCAUUGGCUCAAGGCCGAGUACUUGUUGCCUGAGUGAACCUUCGUAAGCUCGCUCUGCUGCUAAGAUGACUAGCAAUGUAACUGUUUGCCCAGCAUUGCACCUGCUCCCUCAGGCUUGUUCUGGGGAUGAGACUAAUGAUUAAAUGUGGGGUGGAUAUGGAGAAAGAGGGAGAAAGUAAGUUUCAUUGUUUUAACCACAGAGAUGUUAGAGUUGCUGGGUCCCAUAACAUGUAACAUAACGUAGCCUACCCUUAAUUCAUAUGCACACAAAUCUAGGAUGUCCUACAGGACAAGCAGCCUGAUUUCCUCAAUAGUUCAGCAGCAUUAAAAUGUUAAGGACAGGGCUUUGCUCUAGAUUCAAACAGACAUAAGAGCCUCUGUAAUCACACACCACACAUGGUUCUUCUUUGGAUGCUGAUUUGAACAAAUCAAUUGACUUUUUUUUUUUUUUUUUUUUUAAUCAUCGAUACCGGGGAUUGAACUCACAACCACACACUUGCAAGGCAGGCGCUUAUGCCGCUGAGCUAAAUCCCCAGGCCCAAACAAAUCAAUUGAGCAAAGACAUUUAAGAUGAGUGGGGUGUUGGAGACAUAGCUCAGUGGUAGAGCAUUUGCCUAGUGUGUAUGAGGGCCUACACUUACUCCCUAGAACACUGAAAACAAAUUGGAUAAAUUUGCUUGUGGACUAUGUUAUUACUCAUUUUGCUAGAUGUGAUACUGGCCAUCUUUGUUAAGGAAAUAUCCAUUUUUCAGAGAUGUAUGUGAAACUACGUAGAGUGAGUGAAAUGAUGUGAUAUUUGGAAUUUGCUUUAAAAUACUUAAGCAGAAUGCAGUUGGGGCAGUGGCAGCCUUGGGGCUGGGUUGUCAGUGAGAUGGCUUACCAGACUGCUCUGUUGGUGGGAAAGGGGAAAGGGGCAGGUGACGGCACUGCCCUGGAGAGAGCACAGCCAUUGCUGUUGUAGAGGCUGCAAGCUGCACGGAUCGAGGUUUUGCAGUGGAGCUCUUGUAGGUGUUCUGAUUGAAGGCUUGAAACAGAUGUGGAAAAUGUUCACUUCAGUGAAAGGGGUUGAAGAAUGGUCGUCAGUAUUUAAGACCCUGCCAAAAGCGUCUUUACCAAAUUAUGCCACAAAUUUGAAAGACCAGAGCUCUUUAGUUUCAUCUCACUAUAAAGUUAUCCAGGAGCCAUAAAGUGAGGUGCUGGAACCUGUCUGUCACCAGUUCUUUGAAUUCGAUUGCAGUAGAGAAGACCAGUUGCUUUCAUUUAUGUUGUAGUUUCUUCCUUAACUGAUUUGGUGCUAACUUGAAAUCUCAGCCAGCAGAAAUGUACAUAACAGUGGAUGCAUUGAAGCUCUUCUUCUAAGGAUUUACAAUUUAGAAAUAGUUGACAAAUAGGGACAUAGCAAAGUAUUGAGUUUUAUAGUUCCAUCUUUAUUCAAACCAUCUGUGUACCAUGACCAGUACUGGGUCCACAGCUCUGACCAAGAGUCUACUAUCCCAGCAUGGGUUGUCAAAAGCCAUGUACAGUGGACCUCAUCCUUGAAGGAAGAUGCCCACAGCCCAGAAUAGAUUUGAAGUGUUGUCAUUCCUUUAGUUGUGUUACAAUGCUGCCUUAACCUGUAUGACAAUGAUUCUCUUCAAUAACUGUGUCAAAUUUGUUCAAGAAUCUGUGUUUGUGAAUAUUUUCUAGUAUGUAAGAAAAUACAAAUAUGAGGGCCGGGGAUUUAGCUCAGCGGCAUAAGCGCCUGCCUGGCAAGCGCAAGGUCAUAAGUUCAAUCUCUGGUACCAAAAAGAAGAGAAAAGAAAAUACAAAUGUGUAAGUAGCAGGAUACCAGUUUCUUUAGGAUUCAUGAUAUGAAUAUUAACAGACAUUUAUUUUGCCUUAUUUAAUGAAGAACAAAAUCUGGCUCAAACAGCAUGGGAUAUUAUACACUUAGCCCAGCUAGAAUUAUAUGCAGAGCAGUCUAAUCCUAUAAAGGCUUCAUAGGGGCUGGGGAUUUAGCUCAGCAGCAUAAGCACCUGCCUUGCAAGCAGGCGGUCGUGAGUUCGAUCCUCGGUACCGAUAAAAAAAAAAAAGGCCUCAUGGCCUUAUGUGCCAUGAAAUCUUGUAGGAAAACACAAGUUGUAUUCAAGUUGAAAUCAUACCAACUUCCUCUAAAAUAUCAAGAAAUGCAGUAACCAGCAUGUCAAUGAGAGGUCACAAGUAGAAAAGACAUGGAAAUAUGCAAUUUAUAGGUCAAGAAAACUAAUGGGGAGACCUGAAGUUAAGGGAUUUUAUUCUAGGGCUGUCUUUAAUACUAGCCAGCUGGGUUUAUCAAGCAGUAGUCAUACUUGCAAUAAUAGCACAAGUACAGGAAAGAACCAGAGACCAUCAGGAAGAAGAAGAACUGGAGGAAAAAAAGAAACUACAGAGGAAUGUUGCAAAGAUCACUUUUCUCAAAAACAAACUCAGAUAGCCCAAGGUGAGAAUCUUGAGCUGCUUUCUUUGAAGAGACUAACCCUAACCACCAGCCAGUCCCUACCUAAGCCUACCAGCCACAGUUUGGCUGCUGCAGCAGCAACUGCAUUUGGUAAAUCCUUUGAACAAGUCAGUGGUGUCUCAGUCCCACAUAACCCAUCAUCUGCCACAGGUUAUGGGACUGGGACAAAUGCCACUAGGUUUUCUGCUUGUAAUCUUCAAGAAGAAAAGCUUGUUUAUAUUUCAGAAAGGACCAAACUUCCAAUGAAGUAUCAGACAGUUCAAUGGAGAUCUCUUAGUAUUAAUCUGUCUGCAGAUUAAUUCAUAACAUUCUGUCUGUAUUCUCUGUUUUAUUUUUCUCCUUUUCUUGAGUUAGGAUCUGGAGGCAGCCUACCCAUGUUCUGAACUUGGAGAGUUCUUGUCUUCACUCAUCUUUCCAAUCAUUGUAGUUCAACUUAAAUGUUUUUACUUAGGGAUGUCCGACAUGCUGUGUAAGAUGAGAGCCGUGUAGGGCCCUGUCUCAUGUGAGUGUAGUGGAUUGAGGUUCACCUGGUAGGUCCCACCCCUGAAAGAGACAGCUUACAGCUACUGUUUCUCUUUAUUUAAGGGGUAUAGCAUGUUUAUUGUCUCUGCCUUGGUAGUGUUAGCUCCAUAAGGGUUGCUUUAGUGUUUGUCUAAAGAAUGAGUCAAUGUUGUUUAUUGACCUGUAUGUCCACAUUUCCUUACACUGUGAGAUUUUUUUUUCUUUUACAUAUUUUCUUUCUUCUUUUUUUUUUUAAUUUAAGGAGAAAAAGAAAAAAAAAGGAUACAAGUAAUACAAAAUUUAAAAAAUAAACAGUAAGAAAUCUCUAGUUAAUAGAUUACAUAUUCUCACCUUAGAAAUAGUUGUUCAAGUUACAAAAUUAAAGCAUAUAAAGUGGACUUUCAAACAGUGAGAAUGCAAACAGUUUUGUUCAAUGAUCCAAAAAAACUCAGUAAUAUGGUUAUCCAUCCUACACACUCAAACAUAUAUGCAGUUAUAACCUUUAGAGCACCUUCAUUUCUUUUCUUUUGUACAAUGACAAUUACACAUUUUGGGUUUUAUUACUCCCACAGUUCUUAUUACUUUUUUUGAAGAGAGUAAAACCAAAUGCGACAUAUCAGAACAGAGUCAGUCAAAUCAAAAGGAUGGACAUAAUAGAUAAUGUAAAAACAAAAUGCAAGGUGAUCAACAAAGGUUACCAUACUGCCUCUUGCUAUCUUAAGAAGAAUUGCCUAAAUCAUCAGUUAUAAUAAAAUUGAACAAAACAGUAAAAAUACAGCCAAAACAUUAGAGACAUUACAGGACUUUUAAAAGAAGAUAAUAGUCAACCAGAAUGGGCGUCUUAAUGAAUCUUAUUGUCUUCACAGUUGUUGCCUAUACUUUCGAACUUGGUACUAUCAAGGAAAGCAGAAUACGGGAAAAUCAGUCAAAACAAGAUAGUGAGGGCAAUACACGGUUUCAAAUCAAGUUAAUAGGAAAUCAAAGUAGGUUACUAUAAUGUAUCCUACUAUUUUUUAUUUAUUUUUCCCUUAAUUAAAAAGAUAAUAAAAAGUAACUAAUUUUAAAAAGGGGAGGGAUUGAGAUAAAAGAGGGCAUAACAACAGAAUAGCGCAGAUCAAAACAUAACCAUUUAAGCAAAAUAGUGUUUCACCUCAAGAUAUCCUGACAUAAAAGUAGUUACCAUAGUGACUCUUGCCUUGAAAGCUUUGAAUAUAACUUCGUAUACUAUAGCACCAAACAUAUCAAGACACUGUAAAACCAUUCAAGAUAAUGACAUUAUUACAGUAUAUUUAGAACCAGCUAACAGAAAAUGAACAAUGGUUUCUGUAUAAUCUCCUUGUCUACAAAAGUUUUUGCUUAUGUUAUCACAUAUAAUAAAAUCCAAUAAGAUACAACCUGUUAAGACCGAUGGAGACAGAAGAAUACAAGCUUGAUGGGACUUCAAAGCAAGAUGAUACUAAAUCAGCACUAGCUAUUAUGAUGUCUUGUUUUCUCCAAAAUAGCUGUUCCUACCAUCCAACCUUCUCUGCCUCAUUUCUGUUGAGAUCUUUUUCUGUUGUUUGUUGUCAGUGUGUCUUCUUCAUUUCGCUUUUUGCUCCAUUCAUUGUGACCUCUCUGCCAUUAUUUCUGGAAUCUUGGUAUUUUCCUUUUUUAGAAUGUCCUACAGUAUUCUCUGUAGAGUUGAAUUGGUGGUUGCAAAUUCCCUUAGUUCCUCUUUGUCCUGGAAGCACCUUGUUUUUCCAUCAAUUUCUAGGGACAGUUGUGCAGGAUAUAUCAAUCUUAGCUGGAGGUUAUUAUCUUUCAAAGCUUGAAUUAUUUCCCCCCACGCUCUUCGUGAUUUGAUGGUUUGUGCCGAGAAGUCUGCUGUAAUUCUGAUGGGUGUUCCCUUAUAAGUGAUCUGUUUCUUGUCUCUGACGGCUGUUAAUAUUCUGUUCUUAUAUUGGAUUUCUGGAAUUUUGAUUAUUAUAUGCCUGGGUGUAGCUGUGUUUGGGUUGUAGGUGGCUGGGGUCCUGUAUGCCUCCUACAUCUGAGUAUCUUUACCUUUUGCUAAAUUAGGGAAAUUCUCUUGGAUUUUUUUUUGUGUGUGUGUCUUUUUCCUUUUUAUCAGUACCGGGGAUCGAAGUCACGAUUGCCUGCUUGCAAGGCAGGCGCUUAUGCCGCUGAGCUAAAUCCCCAGCCCCUUCUUGGAUUAUUUUUGUGAAUAGCUUUUAUAGUCCAUUUGUUUGUGUCCCUACUUCUUCUUUUAUGUUCUUAAUUCUUAAGUUAUAGAUCCUGUUAUCAUCUUCUAGCCUUUGUAUUAUUGCUGUUUGUUUUUAAGAAGUUUUUCAUUUCAUGCUCCCAUAUUACAAAUCUGCCCUCCAGUUCAGAUAAUCUUUCCUUAGUUUCUUUCAAGCUGUUAUGCCAGCUUUCGAUAGAGUUUUUAGUUUCCUGGUAAUCUCUUUGAACCUGCUUCACGUAUUCUGUGAAUUUUUUUUUUUAACCAGUACCAGGGAUUGAACUCAUGAAUACAUGUGUAUUUCUCUAUUUUCUCCAUCAAACAAUUCUCCCCUUUUUUUCUCUGUUCUUCCAUUCCACCAUCUGUUUUUUCUUGGGCGGUGCUUAGCAUUUCUCUAACUAUUCUACUUACAUCUUGCUUCAAGUCGUUAAUAACUUCAUUCCUGAACUCGUCUAUGAGGCUUUGGAGAUACUGCUUUAUGUCUAUUGGUGCCAUGUCUGCUAUUGCAUGUUUCUCAGGAUUGGGGACUGAGGACCCUUUCUUGUUGUUCCCUCUUCCCAUAUUUUUUGUUCCUGCUAUACAAGUGUAUAUAGGAGGCCCAGUUUCUUUCUUUGUUGGUUACAGUUUGUUUGAAUUGCGCCGGCUAGGUGUUCCCGCCCACUGCAGUGUACGAGGGAGAAACAGACCUGGGUAGCCUCUGCUGGGCCUGCCCCUCCAGGUCAACCUACCGAAGGCUUCACUGCUAGGGUGCACCUCCAGGCGCUGGGACCUGGUUUGGGCUAGCCUACUGGAUCUUAAGUUCGCAGCAUCACCCAGGCCAGGCACUCCCCAUCAAUCCCGCUUGAGAGUGGAAUAUUCCACUAAGGACACUGCACCGUCCUGUUCCGGCUAGUCUGCCCGGUCCCAAUAUGUUCUUUGCUGAAGCCUCCUACUCUGUGGAAGGGUCCCUGAUCUGCUCACUCACUGCAGGUCUAUGCAGGGCCCCCGGCCAGUCCCACUCUCAACUCCAUUCACUGCUUCCCACUCUCAGAGCUUUUGCACCUCUCUUCUUGUCGUGCUGAUUGGGACACAGCAGCAGCUGCCGGAAAUUCAAAUCAUGGCUUCCAGUGGUGCGGGCUCCAGCUUCUGCGCUGAGACCUUAUCUGUUCCUGUUAUAACAUCAGGAUUGUGUUUCCAGUUGGCUUCUCUUAGUUUAGUUCGUUCCUGAGUCGGCGGGGUGUAACUCCCCUUGCUUGGGACUUCUUGCCUGGCACCAUUCCUGGAUUUUAAGUGUGAUUUCUCAGAGAGCCUCUGAAGCUGCUGCUACCUAUCUGCCAUGUUCUCCCAGAAGUUUUUUUUUUUUUUUUUUUUU